GCACGGCAAUGACAUCAGUGCUUUAAACAACUUGUUAUUCGGGAGCAAUCAGCUGCAAUUAGGUAUUAAUUAAGUAUUAUGAAAGUUGAUUAUUUAAGUGAAUUCGGCUUUCGUCUCUCCGACUAUGCUGAAAGAACUAUAUGCACUGACGCAGCCUCAGGAAAACCCACAAUGGCUGCCAAGCGCAAAGGCGGCCUGAAGCUAAAUGCCAUCUGUGCCAAGCUGAGCCGCCAGGUCGUCUUCGACCACGGGGGAGCCGAACAGGCACGGGCGGACAAGGGCCCACAGCGGGAGAGCAGCAACAAGGACCUGCCUCAGCCCGGGACCAAGGAGCUGGGGUCGGAGUUCUCAGAUGGACUCAGCCGCGUGCAGAAGAUCGAGGAGGACAAAAGGAGGGAGGUGAUUGAGAAGUGGGUGAAUGGGGAAUACAACGAGGAGCCCUUGCUGGGGCGAGUGGAGGGCAAGGAAUGUAAGGAGAGCGCGGAGGUGCCCCCCGAAGGGGUUUACAUGGUGCAGCCCAAGGGCUGCAGCGACGAGGAAGAUAACGGGGAUGAGGCGGAUGCUCUGAGGAGCUCGCAGGAUGGAAACUUCUUGGAUGACAGGGAUUCCGAUGGGCCAGCCUUGAAGGACGAUGCCUACCGGUCCUCCAGUGGCGAGACGGGCUCCAAGCUGGGGGGAGGAACUGCCUCAGGGGAAGCUUCAUCGCUGCGAGAUUAUGCGGCCACCACCAUGAAUGAGUUCCUGGGCAUGUUUGGCUACGAUGACCAGAACAUGCGGGAUGAGCUGGCUCGCAAGAUCAGCUUUGACAAGCUGAAUGCUGCUACCUCAGAGGCCCCUGCGACUGCUGCCUCUCUCCCUGGUGAAGAUGCCAUGAGCAAACGGGCCCGCUUCUCCAAGUAUGAGGAGUACAUCCGCAAACUGAAAGCUGGAGAGCAGCUCUCUUGGCCCAUGCACUUGGCCAAAUCUGAGGAGUUGGGCUCCAAGCUGGGUAGAGAAACUUCCUCAGUGCUGGCACAGCCAAUUCGGGUGCCGGGUGCAGAUGCCUCCAUGCUGACGGAGACCAAAGCCACCAUCCUGCCGCUGCCCUCUCCCAGCAGUUCCCAGAUGCAGGGCCUCAUGUCACGGGCCUCCAAAUAUGACUUCUUCAUUCAGAAGCUGAAGACGGGUGAGAGCAUCAGGCCACAAAAUGGCAACACUUACAAGAAGGCCUCCAAGUAUGACCUAGAAAAUGUCAAGUACUUGCACCUUUUCAAGCCUGGAGAAGGAAGCCCAGAUAUGGGAGGAGCCAUCGCCUUCAAGACAGGCAAGGUAGGCCGGCCUUCCAAGUAUGAUGUGAGGAACAUUCAGAAGCUUACUCCAGUAAAAGCUCCAGCACCCAGCCUGGCCCCUGCUCCCCUUGCCAGUACCCCCAGCAGCACUCCUGUGGCUGGACCAGAGCAGUCCGUCUCAUUGUCAUUCAACACUCCUGAGUACCUGAAGUCAACCUUCUCCAAGACAGACUCCAUCACAACUGGAACAGUCUCUACAGUAAAGAAUGGAUUACCCACUGACAAACCAGCUGUCAGCGAAGAUGUAAACAUUUACCAGAAGUAUAUUGCCAGGUUCUCUGGCAGUCAGCACUGUGGACACAUACACUGUGCAUACCAGUAUAGAGAACAUUACCACUGCCUUGACCCUGAGUGCAACUACCAGAGAUUCACUAGUAAACAGGAUGUGAUUCGGCAUUACAACAUGCACAAGAAACGAGAUAAUUCCCUCCAGCACGGCUUCAUGCGCUUCAGCCCCUUGGAUGACUGUAGCGUGUACUAUCACGGCUGCCACCUGAAUGGGAAAAGCACACACUACCACUGCAUGCAGGUGGGUUGUAACAAGGUCUACACAAGCACCUCAGACGUGAUGACCCAUGAGAACUUUCACAAGAAGAACACACAGCUCAUCAACGAUGGCUUCCAGCGGUUCCGUGCCACGGAGGACUGCGGCACUGUGGAAUGCCAGUUCUACGGGCAGAAAACCACUCACUUUCACUGCAGGCGACCUGGGUGUACAUUCACCUUCAAGAACAAGUGUGACAUUGAGAAGCACAAGAGCUACCACAUCAAAGAUGAUGCCUAUGCCAAGGAUGGCUUCAAGAAGUUCUACAAAUAUGAGGAAUGCAAGUAUGAGGGCUGCGUCUACAGCAAGGCCACCAACCACUUCCACUGCAUAAGGGCAGGCUGUGGCUUCACCUUCACCUCCACCAGCCAGAUGACCUCCCAUAAACGCAAACAUGAGCGCCGGCACAUCCGAAGCUCAGGAGUGCUGGGCCUGCCUGCCUCCCUCCUGGGGUCCAAGGAUAAUGAGCAAGAGGAGUCCAGUAAUGAUGACCUUAUUGACUUCUCUGCUAUGAGCUCGAAGAACUCCAGCCUGAGUGCCUCCCCCACCAGUCAACAGUCUUCCGUUUCUCUCAUAGUCCCAGCUGCACCUUCCUCUGCUGCUGAGCUCGCUUCCUCACAGGCCAGCAAGUCUGCCAACAGCAUGACACCAGCCACCAAGAUCUCUGGCCUGCUCUCUCAGGCUCUUCCCAGCAAUAUACCCUUGGCCCUGGCACUCUCCAACUCAGCACUUCCUGGAACAGCUGGAUCCUUCUUCCCCAUCAUCCCCAGUCGGGUCUCUACACCACUUCCGGCCAGCUCAGCUAAUCUGAUGACUGCUGGUUCUUCUGCCACCAAUCCAACAUCAUCUGCUUCUACAGAUUCCUCAUCCCAGGCCAUAUCAGGAUCUGGUGAUCCAGCAGCUACUUCUUCUCCAGCUCCAGCAGCAUCUAUAAUGGAAAGGAUCUCUGCUAGCAAGGGAUUAAUCUCUCCUAUGAUGGCCAGGCUGGCAGCAGCUGCACUCAAGCCCUCUGUGGCACUUGAAGCAGGGAAUGGACAACCAGCAGCUCCCGGACGGUUCAAUCCAGUUCAGGUGAAGCAGGAACCUGCGGAGGCCAUGGGAUCAUCAUCUGCCACUAGUCAGGAGUCCUUGCAGGAGCACAGUUUGGACCUGAGCGUCAAGGAUCACGGUAAUGAAUCAAAUGGCCACACAGUCUCGGCAAAUUCAUCUCUUUUAUCCUCGCUUAUGAAUAAGAUGUCCAAGACCAGUGCCAGCCUUGGCAACCUGCUGAACAUUAAGACAGAAGGAGAUGGCAGCCAGGCUGGGGCUGGAGAGCCAACACAGUACUUGGGCAAGGCAGUGAAGGCACUUGUCCAGGAGAAGCUCUCUGAGCCAUGGAAGAUGUACCUGCGCCGGUUUGGUACUAAGGACUUCUGCGAUGCACAGUGCGACUUCCUCCAUAAGGUGCACUUCCAUUGUGUGGUGGAGGAAUGUGGGGCCCUCUUCAGCACCCUGGAUGGAGCCAUCAAGCACGCCAAUUUUCACUUCCGAACUGAGGGUGGAACUGUGAAAAGUAACUCCGAGUCCCCCUUCUCAACCACUGCUGACAAUAAGCCUUCACUGGCCCCUUCAUCACCAUCUGCUACUUCUGUCACCAUGGCAAGUGCUCCAGCCCUUGAUGUGCCCACUCCAAGUCCAACCACCGUGCCCUCUGCCCCCACACUGCUAGCUUGGAAGCAGCUGGCUUCAACUAUACCCCAGAUGCCUCAGAUCCCAGCAUCAGUGCCUAACCUGGCAACUUCACCCUUGGCGACAACUUCCCUGGAGAACGCCAAGCCUCAGGUCAAACCCGGAUUUCUCCAGUUCCAGGAGAAUGAUCCCUGCCUGGCAACGGACUGCAAGUAUGCCAACAAAUUCCACUUCCACUGUCUCUUUGGGAACUGCAAGUACGUGUGCAAAACCUCGGGCAAAGCAGAAUCCCACUGCCUGGACCACAUCAACCCCAACAAUAAUCUGGUGAAUGUGCGAGACCAGUUUGCUUACUAUUCACUGCAGUGUCUCUGUCCAAACCAGCACUGUGAAUUCAGGAUGCGAGGGCAUUACCACUGUCUUCGUCCUGGCUGCUAUUUUGUGACUAACAUCACCACCAAGCUGCCCUGGCAUGUGAAAAAACAUGAGAAGGCAGAGAGAAGGGCAGCCAAUGGCUUCAAGUAUUUUACCAAACGAGAGGAGUGUGGCAGACUGGGUUGCAAAUACAACCAGGUGAACAGCCACUUCCACUGCAUUCGUGAGGGCUGCCAGUUCUCCUUCCUGCUCAAGCACCAAAUGACAUCCCACGCCAGAAAGCACAUGAGAAGGAUGCUGGGGAAGAACUUUGAUCGUGUUCCUACUCAGGUUAUUGGCCACACUCCAAGAAAUGAAAAUCUCCCCCAGGUUGGCAGCAUGGCACCCAGCCCAGCCUCAUCAGGAACCCCAGCUUCCUUUCAGGGACCCCCAAGCAUGAUGGACACUGAAACAGAUGAGUACAUGGAUUACACUGGCUGCAGCCCUGGGGGUAUCUCCUCUGAAUCUUCCAAUAUGGACCGCAGCUGCUCCAGCACUCCAGUGGGCAACGAAAGUACAUCAGCAGGGAAUACCAUCACUAUGCCAACUGCCUCAGGGGCCAAAAAGCGUUUCUGGAUCAUUGAGGACAUGUCCCCUUUUGGCAAGCGCCGCAAGACUGCAUCCUCCCGCAAGAUGCUGGAUGAAGGGAUGAUGCUGGAGGGAUUUCGGCGCUAUGACCUCUACGAGGACUGCAAGGACUCCAGCUGCCAAUUCUCUCUCAAGGUUACCCACUACCACUGCACGCGGGAGAAUUGUGGCUACAAGUUCUGUGGCCGUACCCACAUGUACAAGCACGCCCAGCAUCACGAUCGUGUUGACAACCUGGUAUUGGAUGAUUUCAAACGCUUCAAGUCUUCACUGAGUUGCAACUUCCCAGACUGUCAGUUCUCUGGCAAUAGCACACACUUCCACUGUCUGCGCUGUGGCUUCCGCUGCACUGACAGCACUAAGGUGACAGCCCACCGUAAGCACCACGGCAAGCAGGACGUCAUCAGUGCUGCUGGCUUCUGCCAGUUCAGCUCCAGUGUGGACUGCGAGGUGCCUGACUGCAAGUACAAACUCAAGUGCUCCCACUUCCACUGCACCUACCCUGGCUGCAAACACACAGUGGUGGGCAUGUCACAGAUGGACUCGCACAAGCGCAAACAUGAGAAGCAGGAGCGAGGGGAGCUUCCUGCCAUCUCUCCUGGCCCCGAGGGCCUUGCCCACUCCGCUCUUGAGUACGACAUCCAGAACUCUUCCAUCAACCUGGACAGCUCCCUCAACCUCAGCACUGACAACAACAGCUCCCUCUUCUUCCUGCAGAACGCAGCUGGUGUGGGCCUCAAUGAUUCCCUGGACCUCAGCAAGAAGCAGUCAGAAGUCACUGAAGGUCCAUCACCGAGCAGAGCCGGGACCGCUCCUCAGGAGAGGGGGGCAGUGGCAUCUGGCUCCGGUGAUGUGGAGGACGAGGAUGACUCUUCCCAAGAGGAUGAAGAGGAUGAUGAGGAAGAAAUGAAUGAAGAAGAGGAGGAUGAUGAAGAGGAGGAUGACGAUGAUGAUGAUGAAGAGGAUGAUGAAGAGGAAGACCUGAACACAGAUUCUGAGGAAUCGCUGCCUGACCCUGAGGGCCUGGCCACUAAAGAAGAUGGAGAACCAGAGGAGGCUGCUUCUUCAACAGACCAGGGCGAUGCUUCCAGGCCACAGGGCGAGCAAGCCCUUACUCCAGCCCCAACUCCUGCUCCAGCUCCAGCUGCUGCCCCAGCCUCUACUGUCACUCCAGCAGCUUCUCCUUAAUCUUAGAGACAAAGGCGGCAGUGGUUUGGUUUUGCUCUUACACAGAAUAACUAAGAGGACCCCAUAUGAGGCAAGAACAAAGAUUGGGAUGGCAAGUGGAAAACAAACUCCGUGCCACACACACGAGAGAGAGGAAGGAAGGAAACCCACGCUCCUCCUCAGGCCCCGUAAGAGACAGGUUGGCAGCAGGACUGGUGCUGCAUCCCUUCAUUCUGCAAUCACAGAACAUGGGGGCAGGAAGCAGCAUGAAAUACCCUUUUAUAUGGACAUGAACCUUGAGGGUACCAGCUGCUUUUCCUUGCUCCCCGCAUGGUGCGUGGGGCCUGUGCCCAUCUGGGGACCCUUUGUUAUGGGUGGGGCUCUAUCCCCCCAUUUUUCUUUCUGGGUUUUAUUUUUCCAUGUUUUCAGUUGUACGAUAUUAAUAAUAAUCUCCACUUCUUGGAGGGGGGUGGGUGGGAACAACAGGUAAUGAAUUUUAGAACUAUAUAUUUGUGUGUGUGUCUCUCUAUAUAAUGUACACACACACACACAUAUAUAACACGCAAGGAAUUGGUGUCACAAAGACAAGUAGCUCAGCUUUGCGGGUGGGAAGGAGGGGUGAGGGGUGUUUGCUCUCUCUCUCUCCACCCCUCCCCCCUUCUUUCUCCAGCAUUAAAUGAAUGGCAUCAGGCAGCAAGGGGGGGAGUGGGUAUUUAUUGUCACAUAAAUGAGGGCGCAUUAAUGAAUGAGCAGGGGUGGGAAUGGGACACUCCUCUGUUCUUCCAGAUCCUUUUUACUAUUAAUGAUAAUAAUUUUGAAUGCUAUUUAUAUUGUAAAACUUUUCUCAGUCUACACUUACUUUCUCUGUAGGACACCUCUCCUCAUCCCUGCUGUUCUGCCUGUAGGGAAUUUAGCUGAAGUAACUUGGGAAGAGCACAGCAGGCAGUUAAAGGGUCUGUCACACUGGAGGACUGGGGUUAAUCACCCAUCCAGUUCCAUCUCAUCCCAACUCCCAGGUGCUUCCUCUCUGUUGAGGGUGAGGCGUUUUUGUGGUGCUUCAGUAUCCCCAUCUCAGGAGGCUGUGAGCUGACACUGUCCCGCGGUGCAGCACAGGGAGCACCGUGCUCACAGAAGAGCAUCCUAAGCCGUUAAAGCAGCCUUGAAAACUACUUGCUCUCUGACCAUGCAGUUGUGCAGUGACAGGUAUGUCCCUGGUCCCCAAGCCCUCGGCCCCAGCCUUUCACUGCAGAUGGGCAAGCCUGUGUCUGUCUGCAUGGACUCACAAUGUUCUGCUGACUCUGGGAGAGGGCGAAGGCACUGCUGAAGAGGCGAAGGCAGCACACAUUCAGGACCCCACUGUGGGAUGUCCUGCUCAGACUGGGGGGGGCUCUUUUGCUCAGCACUGGGUGGGAGGGGGGACACUGCUGCUCUACAGCUAUUGGCCCCAUCAUGGUAUUUGCAGCUACAGAACAUGAAGCUGCUGCAGCGUACGCAGCACCGAGAACUGGAGAUGGGGGAGAUGCCAGCUGAGGGCAGGUGUAAUCCAGCUAAGAACUGAAGUAUUUCUGGUGCCAUGCUGAUAAAUUCUGACAAGUAGGGCCAAUAGCUUGGGCACUAUAUAAACAAAUGCAUCUGUACUGGUUCAAAACCUGCCGCAUCCAGCGGCUUGGGCUUCCCCUGGUGAUGAGCUCUUCCCUGCUCUCUUUGCCCAGCCCAGGCUGGGAACACACACUACACAACACUGCCUGGACUCUGGCAGGUAAAACAGUAGCUGUUUGACUUGAGUCUGGGAGAGGGCUUGUCUCCAUACACCUGGGCUCCAGAACUAGCUGUAUGAAUUAACUGCUAGUUAUUUCAGUGCCAGUUUGUAAGUAUUCCAGCCUAGCAGAAGGUUCCUGGUGUCUGAACUUUGUCCCUUUUUUACAUAAAAUACCUAUUUCUUUUUUUCUAACACCAUGAAGGCUCCCCCAGCUCCAAGGGAUCCUGUUCCCCCCUUGAACAGAUAAAGGCCUCAAGAAGCUUAGGUUGGGGUUUUUUCCUCCCUUUAAUUCUUUCCCUAAGGACGUGGUGCGGCUCAGGCCUGGCUCUAAGGCAGCAGCUCAGCUGUGUCAGUGUGGGGACAGAAUGUGCAGAGAAUGUUGCAAAAGGCAAAGAUAAAAAACAGCAGUUGUACAGUAUUUUUCCUGUAAAGGUUCUUGCUAGAGAUAGAACAAAAGAGAAGCCACCGACGCCAGGGGCUGGGGGUCACCUGCCUUCUGGCCAGCCCCUAGAUCUGGUUUAUUGUGUGCAAUUCAUUUUUUCUCUUUUUUUUUAUUUUUUUUUUAAUUUUUACUUUUUUCCUUUGUUUUUCCCUUUGAUGUAGUGUUUGUUUGGAGGGGGGCAGGGGAGGGGGAGCCUCAAUGCCACGGGUUGAGGCUGACUUCACCCUCCCAGCACUGAGCGGAGCUGCACGAUUCCGACUUCUAACUUGAAUUUUGUAGAGAUGAAACCAGUGGAAACAAAUGAACUGUUGUUAUUGGUAGGUUGUAGUUUAUUUAAUUCUUUUGGAGUUCUUUUCCUCUGUCAGCUAUUUGUGUGGCUUUUGUUUUUAUAGGGGGGUUUUGUUUGUUUUUGUUUUGUUUGGUAUAUCCCCUGCCCUCAGCUGUGUGUUUUCUAGCACAACCUGAUUCUUGUCUAGGAUGAAGCUCAUGUUCCUGGGGCACAGUGAGGGAAUGAGGCCCUGGAAUUUCUGCAGGGGAUGGGGCGAAACAGUUUUACUUUAACAGCAUUUGCUGCAGGUUCUGUACAUUUUUCCCAUAGUCAGUACUUAGAUAAUAUGGUGAUGGGCUCCAGGGGGAAUCCUUGGAUGUAACACAAGCCACAUCUUGCAAACCAGAUGUGUUUAUUCUGUACCACUGAAGUCAUCGUGUGUAUCAGUGACUUCUGUGGAAAGCAGGUUUGAGCCGACUGCCUUGGAGACAGCAUCCUGCCAGGUUUGCACAAAACCUGCCUGGGAGGUGCUAAUGCUGAAGGCAAGGGGGAGGCUGGUUUCAGUGGUGAGGCUCAGGGCUCCCUGGGCCGCUGGUUUCCCUUCAGGAUAGCCAGGCUGCUUCCCAGCUGGUAGGAGCUGGGAACCUGCACCGUGACACAGCAGUUUUACCUCUCCCCUUUCGUAUCUCACCAUACUCCAUUGACUCACUGCACAACAGUGGGAGAGAGCAGGUGUGUGGAGAAAAGGGAUAACAGACCUACCGGUAGCUCAGCCCACUCCGGCUGGCACUGGACGUUCCUUCCAUCAUCCUGGUGCAGCUCACUAUGAUCCGUGCUGCCAGGGCCCUGUUUCACAAGUCCUGUGUGGCUCAGCGUGCCAGAAGGGCCUGUGUUGUUCUAUGCACACUAUUUUCUCCCCCAAGGCAUCCUACUUCUUGACAUCUCAGCCUUUCUCCCAGACUUCUAGCACCUCUUCUCCGGGAGCCGGCACAGGGAACAACAUUUCUUUCCCAACAAGCUACUGCUAAAUGCAACCCCGGCGCAGGGCCUGGCCCCUCACAGGACAGUGGCCACCCAGCAGGUUGGCCAUACCCCCAGAGCACAUCUUACUCCACCUUCUCCAAGUCUUGUUUGUGUAAAUCUCUUCCUAUGUCUCUAUUCACAACAACAACAACAAAAAGUCAAGAAAGUUAAUCCCAGCUUUUUAUUCUGCCAUGUGAAGGCUUUAAUUCGGCAAAACUCUUAAGCAGAUACUGGCUGAAGGGCGCAGGUUUAAGCCCAGGCUUAAGUGCUUUUCUGAACAGAGGCCUCAACAGCACAAAGAUCCCUGUUGCAGCGAGGUGGGUUUGCACUUCGAGCGAUCAUAUCAAUAGGACUGUUAACACAAUGCUAUUGUGCUUAAAGAAUGACCAGGGAAAGAGAGGGCGAGACAACAGCCUAUGAGGAGGGGGAAGAGGAGGGAGGAAAUGGAACUGUUCUGGCCAAACCAAGAUAAAAACCAAACAAAAUCAAACCUUGAGAAGGACCCUCCUGAGUCUGCUCCCAUUCACUGCUGAAGAGCAAACAAAACCAUGACAUCAAAAACUAUUGACUAGAUUGUUCAUUCUAGCCACAAACUCAACUGGAUUCAAGUCUGUGUGGAAGGAAUUUUGUAAAGAAAAAAAAAGAAAAAAAAUUAAAAAAAAAUAAUAAAAAAAAGUUUUCCAAUGUAGCAAAAAAAUAACUUUAAAAAAACAAAAAUGACAAAAAAAAAGACAAAGAGGGAGGAUUCUAGCCUUUUGUAAUCUCCAUAUUGCACACUAGGACUAUAAGCCAUUGCUAGCUCAUUUUGAAUUUUAAAUGUGUAAUUUUUUUGGGUUUUUUUUGUUUUGUUGUUGUUUUAUUUUUUUUUUUUCUUUCCGUGGGGGAGGGGGGGAAAUAAAUGCUUGAACCACCAAUGCUCUUUUUAAUGUUUUAUAAAUAUGUAUGUGUAUAUAUAUAAAUAUAAAAAUAAUAUGUAUGCACAUAUAUAUGUGUGUGUGUAUAUAUCUAUAUGUAUAUACAUAUAUAUAGAUAUAUAGAUAUAUAUAUAGGUUUUGAGACAAAAAAAUGCAGAAAGUGAAAAAAAAAAAAACCAACACCCUAACCAGGAUGGUGUGCUCUGAUUUACUUGAAUCUGGUCUCUUCAGCACCUGCGUUAUUAAGAACUGAAUAUUUUUCCACUUGAAUUUAGUGCUAUUAGAAAUUUAAUAUAUGUGUUUUAUUUAUUUGAUUUUUUUUUGCAUGACUGAUGCAAGGUUUGACAUUUUCACUCAAUAAAAACUGGAAAAAAAAAACCCCAACGUUUUAAGCGA